AUGUUCAUCGACGACCUCGUCUACAUCCGCGCUCACCUGAGCACCGGCAAAAACCACCCCAAGAUCUUCUCCCCUACUUCCUCAGCAACCUCCUCCGCGGCUCCCACCCCGGACAACCGCUCCAUCGCCUCGGUCGAGAAGAAGAAGAAGAGGCUCAGCUUCUUCCCUUCUUCCAAGCCGUCCAAGACCAUUGGCAGCGUCACCCAGACAAAGGACCACUCUCUGCACUACCAGCAGAUUCGCCCCAUUAUCCACUAA